CUCAUGUGGAUUUAUUUCAUGGUUGUUCCUCCCUCAAACCCAAGUUGAUGAUCAGCAUUGCAUCAAAGAGUCAGGCCAGGCAAUACUGGUAUUAAUUCUACCUUACUUCCACUACAACAGCAGGGUUCUUUUCAUCGAAAAUGGACUCGCUCGACGACUGCUCUCUGUAUGCCGAGCUGCUCGUGAAUAUCCGCCAGAUUUCUUUGGCUGCAUCGCUUCCCUCGCCAAGCGACAUCUCAACCCAGGUUGCGUUAUCAGCCGAUGGCAGGACCGUCAGGCUCAGUCAUCGGGGACAGGUCUGUCAGUUGACCCUUCCAGCCAAGGUGGCUCUCGGUGGCACACUGCUUCCUGUCCAGGACCAGCAAAAAGGUGCCACAGGUCUGUCAUGGCGGCUACCUCUCGACGCCUCAUCCAUUCCAUCACUAGCUCACCAGCCCGAUUCUCCGCCAUGGUCGGCAAUGGAUCUGAGGCCCAACUCAGAAGUUGCUUGCAGACAAUGCAACACCGUUGUGGUUCCCGGUGACGCCGUCAAAGUUUGGAAAGAUCUCCCUAGCGAGAACUGGGCCGAAAUGAUGGAGUUCUGGCAUUGCCACAAGCCUGACCAUGGCAAAGACUCUGGUAAGGCCGAUGAAAAGACUCUUUCCACGAGGGGCUAUGGUGCCUCCUCCGCCAUUACAGCUCAGAAGGGUGUCGGUUUUGUGGAUCUCACGACGCUUCUUUUUGCCGAGAGUGAUUGCCGGAAUAUCAUGUUCUCGCUGUCUAGCUAUGAGCACGGUUUAGCGGAUAGGCCGAGCCUGGCGGAGGAAGCUUCCAUGGUGUCUCCGCCACGCAACCUCAAUGUCUUUUGCUCUUCCUGCCAAACUCAGCUAGGUUUUUUCCAUUUCCGGACCGCGGCAGUCACCCUGCUCAAGUGGCAGAUAUCUUGCCAAUCCGUGUCGAGUGCUGCUCCUGGCAUAGCAGAGUGCUUCGCUGCCACCCUCAUCGCAACAAUAUCACGGUCUGGCUCCUCCAAGUCCUUGAUAACUCCAAUGAGCGGAACUGCCCAAGAAGCCGAUGACAAUGCCUCUAAACAAAGUGCAAUUCACGUAUGGGUGUUGAAUAACACCAUCGUGUACUCAUCAAGCCGAGUUCCGGAAUGCACGCCCGCUGUCAAGCUUUUGUUCAAGAGGAUACCUCGCGAAAAGGCUGAGCGAAUGCUGGAGGCGAUAACCUGCGAUGCCCAAGAGAUCAGCCUACCUGCCGAUGCGCUUAACGAGGUGCUGAGGCAUCUAGAAGACAGCAAUUCACUGUUGCCACCCGCAGAACGGGUGUUUAGGGGCUGGAAAGUCGGCUUGCUUACGAGAUAUAAACCGGACAGCCCAGAUCUUCAUAAAUGAGACCAAUCCAGUACCUCUAAAUUCAUGCCCAG